CCAGGAAGUUAAAGGUGGUCGUGUUGGAUGAUUGACAGGUGAUGUGAUCCACUUGGAGCUAACAGUUGGUCUCCCAGCAUCAGCACGCGGAGCAGGAACAGUCCAGGCUGCGGUCGUCAUGACAACAGAAACGGUAGUCAUGGUAACAGUAGUAGUCCCAUCUCCUCCGGUCCAAAGCUGCAUCGUGUGCUCUGUCACUUGAUGCGUGUGAACGCUACUUCCUGUCACGCAGUUUGUGGACUCUUUCAGCAACUCUUCUCCUUCUGCCGAUGUUUAAGCCAUCAGGACGUUCUGGGAACUAACUGUGGGACUGAUGGAGAUGAUGGCGAGCUGUGCAGAGAAGGAGCAAGAGGAGGAAGACAGGAGGAAGAGGAGGAGGCCGCUCAGACUCCUUGUGCCUGAUCUCAGCGUGUUUGGAAUGUCUUUCCUGGACGAGACGGGUCGUGUGGAGAGGGACAAAGUCCUCAAGGGUGAGCCCAGCCCCACCAGGAGCCUCUUCCAUCGGGCUACCAGACCCAGCAGUCCCCGCUCGGCUCCGGCAGCAAGCUCCGGCUCCAGGACAAGUCCCACCUCAGCUAAGAGCAGCUUCCCCUUCCAGGCUGCAGAGUCCCCGCCCAAACCUCUACGAAGGCUGAGCUUCAGUGGGAUCUUCAGGUCAGCCUCCAGGGAAUCAAACCAGCAAACGUCUUCCUCCCCCAUCAGCAUGAAACUGUUCUCGCGCAGCAAGAGGAGCAAGGCUAGAUCCUACACCGUCUCCUCCCCACCUCCCCCUGCUCCAUCUCCGCCUGCCUUCCACCUGGAGACUUACCUGACGGAGCCGAGGCGUCCAGAAACCAGGAGACUGCGUUCCUUCUCGUCACCUCCUGACACUGGGCAACACUUCUCCUCCUCACGUCGGCUGCCACCGCCUCUUCUAGUUUCGCAAUCACCUCAGGUGGUGGCUUCUGGUGAGUCUGAGCGGCGGCCCCUGGACGAUGGCGCGUGUGCCGACUCGGAGAGGGAUAUCUACAUGCGCUUCAUGAAAUGUCACAAGUGUUACGACAUCAUCCCUACCAGCUCCAAAUUGGUCGUCUUUGACACCACGCUACAGGUGAAGAAAGCGUUUUUCGCUCUGGUAGCGAAUGGAGUGCGAGCUGCUCCUCUAUGGGAAACUAAGAAGCAAAGUUUUGUUGGAAUGUUGACUAUCACAGACUUCAUCAACAUCCUGACCAGAUACUACAAGUCACCUAUGGUUCAGAUUUACGAGCUAGAGGAGCACAAGAUAGAGACCUGGAGAGAACUUUACCUGCAAGAGACCUUCAAACCUCUGGUCCACAUCUCACCUGAUGCCAGUAUUUUUGAGGCAGUGUCCUCGUUAAUCCGCAACAAGAUACAUCGCCUUCCCGUCAUAGAUCCUCUGAGCGGCAACGCGCUCUACAUCCUGACCCAUAAGAGGAUCCUCAAGUUCCUGCAGCUCUUUGUGUGUGAGAUGCCCAUGCCCGCCUUCAUGAAGAAAACGCUGGAGGAACUUCACGUGGGCACUUAUGACAACAUCGCCUUCAUCCACCCGGACACACCCCUCAUCACCGCCCUCUCAGUCUUCACACAUCGCCGCGUCUCCGCCCUGCCCGUCGUCAAUCACCAUGGUCAAGUGGUGGACAUCUACUCCAAGUUUGACGUGAUUAAUCUGGCGGCCGAGAAGACGUACAACGACCUGGACGUGACGGUCACACAGGCGCUGAGGCACAGGUCCCAAUACUUUGAAGGCGUCAUGAAGUGCAACAAGAUGGAGACCCUGGAGACCAUCGUGGACCGUAUCGUAAAGGCCGAGGUUCACAGGUUGGUCGUCGUCGAUGAAGAGUCUCGAAUUGUUGGGAUUGUGUCGUUGUCGGACAUCCUUCAAGCGCUAAUCCUAACUCCUGCCGGUGUGCUCAGGAACGAGGACGCUUUUCCCUCUCACGCUGCUUUGGAUUCCACAUUUGACAAGGAGCAGAACCAGGAGCAGGACCCUGAUCAAGACCAGGACCAGACAGACUGCAAGGACAAACAUGCUAACGGCCAGCAGGUGGAGACAGAGGGGGAGGAGGAGAUGACAGAAGAAGGAGGUCGGGGAGAGGCGGUGACAGGGAAAGGAGGGAGUGGGGAGGAAGUGACAGAGGCAGGUGAAGAAGUAAAGCGGGAGGACGUGACAGAAAAGGGAGGAGAAGAAGGGAGGCAGGAGGAGGUGACAAAAGAGGGAGGAGAAGAAGGGAGCCAGGACGAGGUGACAGAAGAAGAAGGGCAAGGAGGGAAGCUGGAGGAGGGGACAGGAGAUGGGGAUGUGGAGGAGGAGACGGAAGAAGGAAAAGGAGGGAGUGGUGAGGAGGUAAAGGAAGAAGGGGGAGGUAAGGGUGAGGAGGUGACUGAGGCAGGAGAUGCUGGGAGAUGGGAGAAAGCGGAAGAGGAAGGAGAGGAAGUGAGGGAGGAGACUGACGAAGGAGGAGGGAGAGGGGACGAUUUGACAGAGGAUGUGACACAAGAAGGUGAGGAAGGAAGGGAUGAGGAGGUGUCAGAAGGAGGAGGGAAUGGGGAGAACUUGACAGAAGAAGAAGGAAGGGGGGAGGAGGAGAUGGAAGCAGGAGGGAUGGGAGGGGAGGUAAUAGAGGGAGGAGGGGAAGAGAGGGAGCAUGAGGUGGAUGAAACAGACAUCGGAGGUAGGAGGGAAGAAGUGACGCAAGAAGGAGACGGGCAGGAGGAGGUGACAGAGGGAGGAGAAGAAGAGAGGGAUGAGGUGGUCACAGAAGAAGAAGAAGUCAGGAGUUUUCAGUGCCAAGAUGGCGGCCAGCAGCAUGCCAAAGUCAUCAGCGCUGCAGGAAGCCUUUGUGAUGAGGAGCACUUGUAUGCGUCAAGAUCAGUCUAGUUUUUGCCCUCACUGCCUAAUGCUCACAAAGCUACAUGCUACAUGACAGUGGGGGAACGUUUCGUCGAACAUUAGCAGCCCACGCAGUUUUUAUGAGGUCACAACCUGGUAAAUAACCUGUUUAUGUGUCAUUUUACUAAAAAAAAAACAUUAUUGCAGAUUUUGUGGUGUCUUGAUCAGGACAAUACGCAAGGAACAGGAGAGGAGAUGAGAAGGGGAUUAUAACGUUUUACAGUGUGGAUCACUUUUCAAUUAAAACAAAAUAAAUAACACGUACAAAAUUCAUCUGAGGUAUUUCUGCUGUACUGAGGUUCACAUUGUUGUUGUGUUUUAAUAAAUGCACAUUAAAA